AUGUCCAUUGCUUACGUACAACAAAAAUCUUACUUACAUCUCACUCUCAAGUGGGAUGAUCCUCUCGCCAGCCAGGUUAUAAAUGAUAAGUCGGAUUUAGUGAAUCACCUUCCUGACACAAUGAAAAAAACGUUUCUUAAACCUGCCCGACGAAUGGUGCCUCAGAACUUUUCAGCGAUCAGAGAAAUCUCUUGGAAAGAGUCGUUAGAAAUUCGUAAGGACAUUAUAUCGGAAAUUCUAAGUACAAUAAAGAAUAUCUGGAACAACCCUGCCUUUGAACCUAAUUAUGCAAAUUCAUUAAAUGAAGGUACUUAUGUCUCAAAUGUGAUAUAUCUGAGUCGUUGUAGCAUUAAGAGGGUAUCCGUUUCUCAUAGUUCCUAUCAUUUUUCUUAG